CCAAAAUGAGAGAAAUCAUUCACUUGUCCACUGGUCAAUGUGGUAACCAAAUAGGUGCUGCCUUCUGGGAAACCAUCUGCGGCGAGCAUGGCUUGGAUAACAACGGAAACUACCACGGAGACGAAGGCAUCCAGAAAGCCAAAUUGGACGUCUACUUCAACGAGGCGUCUUCUGGUAAGUACGUGCCUCGCGCUGUGCUCGUGGACUUGGAACCCGGCACGAUUGAUGCCGUGAAAGCCGGCCCCAUUGGCAACUUGUUCAGACCAGACAACUAUAUUUUCGGCCAGUCGUCCGCUGGUAACGUGUGGGCAAAGGGCCACUACACCGAGGGAGCCGAGUUGGUCGACUCGGUCAUGGACGUUGUGAGAAGGGAGGCCGAAGGGUGUGACUCUUUGCAAGGUUUUCAGAUUACUCACUCCUUGGGUGGUGGUACAGGUUCCGGUAUGGGAACCUUGUUGCUUUCGCGUAUUAGAGAGGAAUUCCCCGACAGAAUGAUGGCCACGUUCUCUGUGGUGCCUUCGCCAAAAGUGUCGGAUACGGUCAUCGAGCCAUACAACGCGACAUUGUCCGUCCACCAGUUGGUGGAGAACUCCGACGAAACGUUCUGUAUUGACAAUGAGGCCUUGUACAAUAUCUGCCAGAAGACUUUGAAGUUGCCGCAACCGGGGUAUCCCCAGUUGAACAGCUUGGUCUCUUCCGUGAUGUCUGGUGUCACGACUUCCUUGCGUUAUCCCGGCCAAUUGAACUCGGACUUGAGAAAGUUGGCUGUCAACUUGGUGCCUUUCCCAAGAUUGCAUUUCUUCAUGGUUGGAUACGCCCCUUUGACCUCUAUUGGCUCCAAGUCGUUCAGAUCGUUGACCGUGCCUGAAUUGACUCAGCAAAUGUUCGAUGCCAAAAAUAUGAUGGCUGCUUCCGACCCCAGAAAUGGUCGUUACUUGACUGUGGCAGCCUUUUUCAGGGGUAAUGUGUCAAUGAAGGAAGUUGACGAUGAGAUGCACAAGGUGCAGACUAGAAACGCAGACUAUUUCGUCGAGUGGAUUCCCAACAACGUACAGACGGCUGUUUGCUCGGUCCCCCCUAGAGACUUAGACAUGUCUGCCACAUUUAUUGGUAACUCCACUUCCAUUCAAGAGUUGUUCAAGAGAGUGGGCGACCAGUUCAGCGCCAUGUUCAGAAGAAAGGCUUUCUUGCACUGGUACACUUCCGAAGGUAUGGAUGAGAUGGAGUUCACCGAGGCUGAGUCCAACAUGAAUGACUUGGUCAGUGAGUAUCAACAAUACCAGGAGGCAAGCGUUGAAGAAGAUGAGGACUUGGAUUACGGCGCAGAAGAAGUGCCAUUGGCUGACAACUUGGAGUAAACAAUUAGACUGCUCCUUGAUUCAUGAAUAAAAUAUAAUACCCCUUCGCGUCAACUCAACCAUUCGUAAUCCUGGACUCUCCCUGCCUCGCAGUCCGGUUUUUUCCUACACCAUGAAGUUGAAUGGCCACCCAGUAGCAACUUCACACAAUAUUCUUAGAUUGUUUGAAUUGAUAUAUGUUUGUACAAUAUGCAAAAUGCAACCUGCAAAUCGGGACUUUGAUCGUUAGAGUCCAACAUUGAUCAAUGAUUGACUAUCGUACCGAGAAUGGAAGAAAUGCUACAAAGGUCACUGAGCCCGACUGAUGCACAUCAUCUCCUAAAUACUCAGAGCAAAUUACCUCAGAUGAUUUAGUUACCUCUCAAGAAGUUCUUGACAAAGUCGUUCUUGUCAACAGCACCGUAGACUUCUUGGUCCUCGAAGUAUCUCAACACGUGACACUGUUGUUUCCAGAAGUUGAUUAAUUCUUGGAAUUCCAUCU